AUGAAUCACCAAACCAAAGUUGCGGAACUUCGAAGCGCUCUGAAAACUUCCAUUCAACACCACAAGAUCUCCAAGAAGGUAUCUUCCAAGAUAAAAUCCCCUGCAAAAAAGUCCAAAGAGGCUAAUGACUCUGAGGCUGUAUUGACUGAGGAGGUUGAACCUUCAGUAUCGCCCAGCAAACUGACAUGUCGUGAUGUUGGUACACAAAUGGAUAACAAUCCAAUUGAACCAAAUCUAACCACUGUCCCCGAGCCAUUUGACAUUGAAGCCUUGGAGCAGUUGCUGCAGGAUACGACCGUACAGGCUUUGGAUAGCAAACCACUGGAUGACCUGCAGUCAUGUUUAAGUAGUUUGCGAGCACAGAUCUCUGGCCUGCAGGACCAAAUUGAUGCCCAUUCAGCCACAAUCCAGAAUUCUGGAGAAAGUUGGAGGGAUGUAGAGGCACAAGUGGUGGAAUUGCAACAAGUUGUCCAGACAGUGACAAACACGACAUCAUGUAGCACACUGACUACAGCUGUUGCUGCCCAGAGUGAAUCAAGUCAAAGUAAUGUCCCAGACACGGUUGAUAUCUAA